GCGUCGUGUUGCAUUCUGCUCGGGUAUUCGUCGCUGAAGCUCUAUCCGCAAACAGCGCGGAUUCUCGGAAUUCUCGUCAUUUGCGGUGCUGGUCUCGUCAUUGCUGCGGCCGUCUUCGGCUUUAUCGCAGCUGCCCAGCAUAAACCGAUUCAGCUUCUAGUGUUCUUUUGCCUUUCACUGGGAAGUUUCAUCUUGGUAUUAGCGUUUACGAUAUACACAAAAACGUCAACUGCAAGCACAUCAAGAUUAGAAACGAUGGCGCAGGAUGUUCAAAAGGAUACAGAUAAUCUGUUUGCUUCUUCCGUUCAUGGUCAAGAUCACCGCGAGGUUUUCGACAAUAUCGAAGCUAAUUUAGGCUGCUGUGGUUCUAAUGGUACCAUCGAUUACACGAUAUUCUUCUUCCCAAUACCUGACUCCUGCCGCGACGGCGACGCCGAUACAUAUUUCACACAGGGAUGCUUCCGUCCGAUGUUUGAACUGUACAUUCUCUACAUGCAUGUCUGGUUCAGCUUUGGGAUUGUUAUCUGCUCAUGUCAGGUUGCACAGAUGGCUCUAAGCUUGAUCACGUACUGCCAGCUGAGGAGCGCAUUGGGUAACUUCCACAACCACCUCGCCAGCUAAUGAAGAAAUACCUGAUUGCUUAUAAUUACCAUCCGUCUAUAUAUAUAUAUAUAUAUAUAUAUAUAUGUGUGUGUGUCGAUUUAGCCGAUUUAGCUGUUUUGAAUGCCAAAAGGUGUCAAUUUUGAUUUACAGAAUUUACUUCAUAUUAGGUAAUGCCAUCCAUUACUUAGCAGACAAGCAGUGAGCUUUCAAUAGUUAUUCGAUAAGUAGGUAGUUAGAUAACUAGUACUAAUAUAAUUUUAGUAUAUAUUUUUAUAAUAUCAUUGUUCAUAUUCAUAUACUGUAACUCUGCCAGCUAUUAUCAUGAUAAUUUUAUAUAAAUAUACACAUAGUGAGUGCACUACAAAAUAUGUAUUCAUAUAGAUAUUGCAAUUCUUUAUUGAAUCUGUACAGUUUUUACAAUCGUAGGAUAACGUAGCAAUCAGGUAAAUCACGCAUAGAACUUGUAAUUGCCCCAAUAAUAUAUUAAUAUAAUAUAUUAACAAUAUUAUUAUUACUAUAGAAUUAUCCGUAGGUGAAUUUUCAAUCAGUUUGCCCAUUUGAAGCGAUUACAUGACUUAUAAUACAUUUAUAUUCUUAGCGUAAUUAUAUACAAAAUAAUUUUACUUAAAAGCGACCAUAUACAUAUCGUAUGUGUUUCAACUAUAAAUUUAAUUAUAACUACAAUAUAAAAUUCGCCGAAUAAUAGAUUAAAGUUUGAUACGAAAACAAAAACAUAGGCUUUAAUCUUAACGCUAAAUGUAUGACACCUCUCUAAAAUUGCUCGAUUCAAUCACCAAUUGCCGUUAGUAUAAGAACAAGAGACAUUUGAUCCAGCAAACCUCUCGGCUAUUAUUGCAGAAACAUUGCAAUCCAUACCUAAAGCAAACCAAUUUGCUUCUCCACAGUCUAUUCACGGAUUCUCGCUUUCCUUACACAGGGAGCACCAGUUAUUCCGCGCAGAAUAACAAACAAGAGCACGUGAAAGAAGCAAAGAUAGCUCUAGCUCUGCAAUAAAAGCUCCGCAUACAAACAACUACUACCAUGAACAUGUAAGGAACGAACAAAAAUCAUUAUAGAUGCACGUUCAUGCUACAACAACGCGUCUGCAGGAAAUUCGGGUCAUGCCCAUGUAAACGUGGAGCGUUACAGACACAGGAGGGCGCUAGUCACAGGCAUUCAUCACAAAUGAGUGCGUCUCCCAGCACUUCCCGUAGCAAACUAUAUCACAGCGAGGCGUGAAAGCCGACAAACAUCACCCUUCCCUCGCGGCAUCACGAGAUUAGGAAGGUUAAGCGUGGG